GAUAAAUGUAGUAAAAUUAUUGGAGAAAUUGAAGCUUUCACUAAUUUACAACUUUAUUAUAGGUAAAAUAUUAUGUAAUAAAAGAAAAAUCCUAAGCAAUUUGACUAAGAUUACAUGUAAUUUAGACACGAACGGGUCGAGAAUGGGGCGGGUCAGAGCAGAUCGGGUCGAUGAGAAUACUCAUACCCGCCCCGCUUCGACUACGGAGCGAAUCGGACACGCCCAAAACUAGGGGUGUACAUGGGUCGGGUGGUUCGGGUUUAAACAUUUUAAUCACCCGACCCAUGCACUACGGUUUGGGAAUUAUCAAACCCAAACCCACCCAAAAAACUUUAAACCCUACGGUUUGUUUCUAAUUGGGUUGGGUCGGGUUGGCGAUAUUUUUAAGUAAAAAUCCAACCCAACAUAAAAUAUAUAAUUAUUAUACAUCGUAAAAAUAUUUUAGAACUAAUUAAAAUUCAAAUGAAUAAAAAGAACUAAUUAAAAUUUCAAACUAAUAAACCGAGGUGAAAGGUAUCAAAAUUCACAAAUUUUGUUUGAAUUUUAAUAAAAUGUGAUUUACUUCAACAUAUGUCUAGUUAUUUUCACGAUAGUUGUUGAAAUAGGCUAAGAAUGUUAUAAACAAAUGCAUCCAUAAUAUGUUAUUCUAUUAAAAUUGUACACAAGAAAAAGGAUUACGUGAAUCAUAACUAUAUUCAAUUUAUGUCUAAACUUUAAGUCGAAGAAUGCAUUAGAUUAGGGAGACCAUGAUAGAAAAAAAUGGCGAAAUAUCUUAAUUUUCUCAUAAGUAUUGCUAUAUACGACAUAAAUAUUUUUUAGAUACGAACUCAUACUAAUAGUUGGAACACGGGUUGGGUCGGGUUCUACGGGUUGUGUAAAGAGGCGGGUUGUACAAAAGAAAACCCUCACCCAACCCAAAACCUUCAUUUUAGCGAUAAAUACGGGUGGGUUGGGUCGGGUUGAACGGGUAGGUCGGUUUGCGGGUCUGUGUGUUCACCCCUACCCAAAACAAGCCAAACAAAUUAGGUAAAACAGGUCAAUUCAAAAUUGCGAUUUGGGUCAAUGAAAUAGAAAUGAUUGACGAAUCUGUUCCCCACAUAAUCUUCCAACGUGCCACUCACAUUCUCAGGUGGUCUCUAGUAAGUCUCUAGACUCUAGUAUAUGCUCUUCACGUCGCGUCGCAGCACUCAAUUAUCUCCCACAUGUGUCACGACUCUCUAUCACCAUGAUUCAUUAAAACAGCCUGAAAACCAAUAGUUGGUUCAAUCAUCAAUUGGUAGCAAACUUGAAUCAUGCACGUCUCAGCUACUUCCAUCCCAUAUAAAUAGAGGGCACAGCAUACAUUGGCAAAUCAUCAAACUCCCAACCAUCCCCUCAUCCUUUCUUUCUUCUUACCACAAAACACCAAUUUCUCACCAUAUAACAAAGUCGAGAUGGCUGUCAGCCAUUUCUAUGUUCUUCUCUUGUCCAUGAUACUCGUGGGGGCCUCCGCCGCUGGUGACUACUCCCCGAGCUCCAAUGCCGCCGGAGAAGUUCCGAAACCACAAUCCAAAGCUCCGUCGUCUGCAUCUUACGACAAGCCAGUUGCUCAAAAGAUGCCUAAAGCAGAGGAAUCGGGAAAGCCGACGUUGGAAAGCGAUCCAAAAUCAGAGUCCUACGAUGAGCAUGAGUUUCAACACAGUGGAGAUGUCGAGAAGCCGGAUUUCCACUUCCCCGACAUGUCCCACCCGGAAGUCCACUACGAGUCUUACGAGAAGCCAGUUGUUCCAUCGGUGUCCAAGCCAGAAGAAUUGGGGAUUUAUGAGUUGGAGAAAGAUCCAAAGUCAGAGUCCUACGACGAGCCCGAAUUUCAACAUAAAGAGACUAUCGAAAAGCCAGAUUUCCAUUUCCCCGACAUGCCUCAUCACCAAACUCAUUCCGAAUCCGACAACAAGUCGGUUUCUCAAUGGGUGCCCAAACCAGAAGAAUCAGGGAUGCCCGUGUUGGAGAAAGACCCAAAGUCGUCAGAGUCCUACGACGAGUCCAAAUUUCAACACAAUGAGCCUAUCGAAAAGCCGGAUUUCCAUUUCACCGACAUGCCUCAUCCCGAACUCCACACUGAAUCUUACAAGAAGCCAAUUGCUCAAUGGGUGCCCAAACCAGAUGAAUCAGGGAUGCCUGCGUUGGAAAAAGACCCGAAAACAGAGUCCUACGACUCGAAGCCAGUCAAGUCAGUUAGUGAACAUGACUCGAAGCCCAAUUACAAGGUAGACCCACACUAUGAGACGCCCAAACUAAACAUUCCAAAACCCGAAGAAGCUUUUCCUGCCGCAGUUGAAGGGACUGUAAUUUGCAAAUCACCCUCUGGAUAUGUCCCCAUCGAAGGAGCUGUGGUGAGGAUUACGUGUUUGGAAGAGGACGACGAAGGAUAUGAAACGACUCCAGUGUCGUGUCAGACCGGUCCAACCGAUGCCAAGGGAUAUUUCUUCAAGACUCUACCUUCUAGCAACAAGGCCAAAAAUUUGUGGGAAAAUUGCAAGGCUUUCCUCGAGCAAUCUCCAAUGGAGGAAUGUGGAGUCCCAAGCAAUGUGAACAAUGGAAUCGAUGGUUACAAGCUAUCCUCUCACCACAUCCUGCAAGAGAAGCAUCUCAAGUUGUACUCGGUUGGGCCUUUCUUCUACACUGCGGAGCCUAAACCAGCCGUGAAGAAAGCACCCGCCGCCGGUGGUGGCUACUAAUUUUUUUCUUUGCAUGGCCCUGAGUUUUGGGUUAUGUGCUCAACAAAUUUUCCUUCAUUUUCUGUUUCUUUGGCUUUGAUUUUGCUUUCUGAUUCAAUUAUGUGAUCUUAGCAACAAAAUUUACGUUGGAGCUUGGAUUGAUUUUCAUUUGAUUAAUUUGUAUCGGUUUCGUGUCAAUUUCAAUGAGAAGAAUUCUCAAUGCUUUGCUUAAUUACUCUCCUUCAGACGUUGGGUUGGGUUGGUGUCUUAGUGGGUUAGAGUAGGCGGGCAAUGAAAUUUUUAAAAAGUUAUUAAAUUACUCCAUUUGGUGGUCGGGCAACAAUAUGUUCGAUUUAACCAUAACCUAGAAUUCAAAAAACAAUGAUCAUAAUAUUUUGCAAACAAAAAUCGUUAAUUGCUUCCGGAAAACAAUUGACUAGAUAAAAUAACUGUACCAUUACAAAGAGAAAUAGUCAUCCACCGGUUGACCAUUAUCUUAUUGGUAUUGGACCAUGAUUCCGCUACUAGGAAGGUUUCAAUACUAAAUUAGGACUUGGCUA